CAUCCGUCUUCUACGUCAGCCCUGACAACUCCACUUGGAAAUAUCACCGGACCGCCAGCAUCGAUAGCGUUUAACGCAAAUUCAGCGAACAACGAAAGAUUGUUACCAAAUUCGGCUUUAAGUCGAUCAACUAAGUCACAGAAUAUAUCUGCUCCAGCUUUAGCAGGUAACGUCUCCUCCUCAUCGGCGAACUCAACGAAUUUCCGAGCUUCUGUGUAUUUGGCUGCAACUGCACGUGAAGCGCACGCUGCUAAGUCACAGUCAACAGAUAAUAACAACGGUUUUACUCCUUUGAGUGCAACAACUCCAACGAUGGCCCAACCAUCAGUUCCAGCUGGUACAUCAUCGAACGGCGAAGCGGCUGUCUACAAAGUAGGUUUGCUGAAUUUCAACAUCUGA